UCCAUGACGGCCGAAGAGGCCUUAGAGACGGCCCAAGAUGGGCUCAAGAAAAGGUCCGUAGCCAUUUUGGCUCAAGUCCCACCGCCAACGUUGGUAGGGCACGAUCGUAUAUAUACUUACACGCAAGAGCGCUGAAUUUCCCGGUACCGCAGCAGCGCCGCCAUGACUCGCGAAACCCAUGUCGACUUGCAUCCUCGUUGCGAGGGUACUUGCGACGGGGUUUGCCCAGAGGGAGAAGCGUCGCUGUCCGCACGAGCUAUUCCCAGCUGUGACGAUGUCAACAAGAUUUGGAGUCUGCUCGCAGACGACGGUGCGCUCGGCUCGGGCCCUGCGAGCCGCGGCGGUCGGUUCCUGGCGCAGCUCCGGCCGCAGGGCCAGGAUCCGCGGCCGCCACCCGGCCUGCCACGCCCCAGCGGCGGGGCGCAGGGCUGCCCGGCGAGGGAGAGCUCGCCGCCGGGCUGCCCGGGGAAGGCUGGCUCCCCGAGCCAGCGCACGCCCCUCAGCUCCAGGGCCAGCGCCUACGUCCCCGCGGCCGUCCCCGGGGUGGCGGGGGCACCGCGCACCUCCCAGGGGCAGGUGCGCCUGUCGGCUCCGUGGCCGGCGCCCCGCUCCCCGGGCGGCGCGCCCCGGAGAGGCAGGCAUGCUCCAGGAGGCGGGCCGUGCGCGGCACCCACGACGGUGAUGAUGCGCAACCUGCCCUACUGCUACACGCGCCAGAUGCUGAUCGACCUGCUGGACUCCAAGGGGUUCUCGGGCAGGUACGACUUCCUCUACCUGCCCAUCGACUUCGAGUCCGGGUACCACGUCGGCUAUUCAUUUGUGAAUUUAACUGCCUCAGAGGAUGCCGUUCGAUUCAUGGAGGUCUUCACUGGGUUCAACGACUGGAAACCGAGACGUGACCACAGGAUUUGUGCUGUUGGCUGGGCCGCGAUACAGGGGUUCCUCGCGAACGUCGAGCGGUUCGAGACCAAGCAGUUAACGAUGGACGGUCUUCCCGAGGAGUACAAGCCUGUGCUGUUCAGGGACGGCGAGCAGAUCUCUUUCGAGCGCUUCUCCUCGACAAAGAAGGUAUUAAUGUCUUUGGAGGUUCGCCGGCAGUUGGAGCUUUCAGCGCCAGAUAUGCCAGAUAGGCACGCCGCAUAGACGAUCCGCAGGAGCAUCCGGCUUCUGCACACACGCUCCGAUCGUCUUCUGAAGCUGAGCGUGUCUACAGCGUGGCAUAGUAUUUUCGUGACAUUCAUCGCUCCUCUUUUGCAUUAUCCGUAUGACCAUCAAAGAUGGCGUGUUGUCAUCGUCUCGUGCACGGCGCACUGUGACCUCAGCCCGCCGCUUCCCAUGCAUAUGCAUGCUAUGAGAAAGCCGAAUGCUGAUUCGUGUUGGUGGAUCCGCACGAUGAUCUCCCAUUCGGUGACAGGGUUAUAUUGGGUUGGCUUCUGGGAGCAUGGCCCAUACACGGGAGGGUACAUGAGAGGUGAGUGAGGAAGGGUGGCGGGAGGAAGACGACACCAAUACUUAGUACUAGGGACGCUGUUCGCAGGCCCCUAAAGAGGGAGCCGCACCAUGGGUCGCGGCGCACACGUCCACGUGAAUGAAGACCCUUCGGUCAUUUCGGUGCUGACGCGCCGCACGCGCCUCCGGCUCCAGUGCUUGUUUACUUGAGGGCCACGCCCAGGCCUGCCGCUGCCUCAAGCGCCCGUUUGCUCUUUUGCACGCCUUCGCCAUGCCAACAGAAACCACAACCCUCCAGGACGUCAUACAUCACAGGAGGGAUAGGAGUGAGGAGGAGGGCACGGCGAGUUGUCAGAAAUGCACUCUUGCAGACCUUAGUCAACUUCUCUUGCCGCUGUCGCCGCGAAAUGCCGCCAUUCUGCGGCAGGGCCACUCGCGUGCUUGCCCGUUGACUCUUUUGCGCUUUUUUUCAGCUCCGUCGAGGACGACUACAAUGUCCAAUGUCCCACGGAGCGCUGUACAGCACAUGCCAGUGACCACGGUCGUAUCUACGCUGUCUUCGCCAAAAAUGGCCCGGGCCCGUGAUUGUUCCAGUGGUAGCUCGCUCGCUGUACUUAUAAGUUGUGCAGAAUUUGCCGCCAUCAUCGCCCUUCUGUAGCCGUUGGAUCACCGUGCCCACGGUUGGCGACAUGGUGAAUGCCAGGAAAA